AUGAUGACUUUUUGGCUUUUUGAUCCCUUUGGGGUUGAUCCCCAAACUGUGCUUGCUACUCCGUCUCUUUUCCUCUUGAUUGUAUCAGGCCUUCCUCGAGUGCUUUCGCAUGCUUGGACUGCCCUUCAUGGCUCCUGGUCAAAGGCCGGCCUGGUUACUGGUUCUGCUGACACCUCCUCGUUACUCAGGGCCGACUCCUUGACUUGCAAGGCCUGCUAUCAGCUUCUCCUGUCCUUAAAACCGGCACAGCCUCACUGUGUCGUAAAAUUUCGCCCUGUUUAUGGUGAUCUAGACUGGGAUUCUACCUGGAAGACUUUGUUUUUCAUGCUUUUGGACAGGAAACUCAUUGACCUCUGUUGUCCACGGUGUUUUGUACACUGCUCACCACCUUGUUUCUUUCGGACUGAAUGUUCCUCUUGA